AGAGGGAAGGAGGGAGAUAACUUUCCUGCAGAACAAUAGAAGAGUGCAAUGCUUUGAUGUUUUCCUUUCUGUUGAUUGACCCAUCCAAAGACUGUUCUUAACAGGACUCUGAUCCUGAGCAGAGACCUGUCAGGUCUCUGGCAGUGUCCCUCCAUAUAAACAUCCACAGCACCGCCCACUCUUUAACUUCCAACUCAGCUCCCUAAUCUGUGGACCACACUUCUGCUACUCACUCAGCCUCAACUCGUCGCAACGAAAGUUAAAACACUUGAAGAUCUCACUAUUAUCUCUAGCUGUUUUUGUCGAGCCAGAACUCUGAUACUUUGAACUUACGUUUGGCUCAGCCCAUUCACCCGCUUCUUUCAUAUCACAGGGAUUUGUCUGUGGAUUGUUUAUGCAGUAGUCUUUUGGAAUCACACUGCAUCGCUGCACCUUCCACUGGACCACACUUGAACUCCAUGCAGUGGAGAGUUACCUGCAGGGAUGUCUCUUCUGUCCCCUCGCAAUGCAAAAGACCAGCCACGCACAAGAAAGCCACUGUCUGAGCCGUCUCCAGGUAUACCCUCGCAGACCUCCAAAAACCUCAAACAUGAAAGAGUGUCCAGACUGGACUCCUCUGGAGCUUAUGACCGAGAGGCCUAUGAUGCUCGCAGAGAAAACCGAAUGGCAGCUCGCAAAAAGGCAGAGGAGGAGGCUGGAUGCACAGACUAUAAGAAGAUGUACGAGGAGGCCUUGUCAACAAAUGAAAGACUCAAAUCCCGACUACAGGGCAGCAAACAGGAGUUGGUUUUGGUUCAGACUCAGCUGCAGAGAGUCAAACAGAGAAAGGUGACGUUGACUGAGAGGUCCAAUGAUAGGUCCAUGCUUGAGACUGAAAAACGGGAAACAAGUGCCCUUCAGAAGAAGAUUUCAGACAUGGAAGAUGAAGUGAAGGUAUCUGUCCAGUUGCAAUAACGGUCCAAACAGAGUUGAAGAAUGAGAACCAGAGAUUGAAGGAUGAGAACGGAGCCUUAAUCCGGGUCAUCAGUAAGCUGUCUAAGUGAGCAAGAGGAGGGGACGGCACAGGCUUUAUAUCCCAUGUUUUACUCCCACUGCCAUAUUCAAAGCAUAACAUAAAUGAAUGAUAUGAGCCAACUUUAAUUCACUCUUUUCACCUUUCUCCCUUGAUCGUCUAACGAAGGUUGUAUUUCAUACAAAUAGUCUUCACGCACAGUUUGCGUAAUUGCACAAUGUUUUAUUCAUGAAGUUUUAUUAAAUAUUAGAAUCACUGCACAUAAUAAUAUUGUAUGAAUGUCUGCAAGGGUUUAAUCUAAAAACUGAUUUAACACUUGAUAUGUUAUGUCUUUACCACAAUGUUACAUUUUUAAAUCCCAUAACGUCAAUA